AUGUCGUUCGCUAGACUCACAAAGGCCUCGCUCGCGGCCGUCCUGGCCGUGUGCGCCAGCGCCGCGUGCGCCGCCAACACUUCCUCCGGCCUCGUCGCCUCGACGUACUUUGCCGGAUACCACGCCAACCGCGGCUUCGCCGUGAGUCAGAUGCCGUGGGAGAAGUACACCGACGCCAAGUACGCCUUCGCCGAGACCUCCGAGGACGGCAGCCUCAACUUGACCAAGUCGGCUCCCGACCAGCUUCCCGUCUUCGUUUCGGAGGCCAAGAAGAACAACGUGAAGGCCCUGGUUUCUAUUGGAGGCUGGACCGGCAGCCGUUGGUUCAGCACCGCCUUCGGCAGCGCGGAGAACCGCACUGCUUUCGUCAAGACCUGCCUUGACCUCGUCGAGAAGUACAACCUCGACGGUCUCGACUUCGACUGGGAGUACCCCAACCGCCAGGGUCUCGGCUGCAACGCCAUCAACAAGGACGACACCGCCAACUUCCUGUCCUUCCUCCAGGAGCUCCGCCAGAAGCAGUCCAAGCAGCUCUACCUUACCGCCGCCACCAGCCUAUUCCCCUGGUACGAUGCCACCGGCGUCAGCAGCGUCAACGGCACCCUCUCCGGCUUCGCCAAGGAGCUCGACUACCUCAUGAUCAUGGCUUACGACAUCUACGGCGCCUGGGCCGCCACCGGCGGACCCAACGCGCCCCUCGCCUACACCUGCGACUCCCGCAACAACCAGGGUGGCGCCAAGGAGGGCGUCGAGAAGUGGAUCAACGCCGGCAUCCCCGCCAACAAGCUUGUCCUCGCCGUCGGUGCCUACGGCCACGGCUUCUCCGUCAACACCACCAGCGCCUUCUCCGGCAGCAACACGCUGAACGCCUACCCCGUCCAGAACAGCACCAACCGCUUCCAGGGCAGCAGCUGGGACGACGACCCGCGCGUCGAUGAGUGCGGCAACGCCUCGCCCCCCUCUGGCACCUACACCUUCUGGAGCCUGAUCACCGAGGCCAAGUUCCUCGACGAGGCUGGCAAGCCGCUCCAGGGCAUCGCCACCGGAUUCGACAACUGCAGCAUGACCCCCUUCAUGUACAACGAGACUGCUCAGGUCUGGGUUUCCUACGACAACACCGAGUCGCUGACUGCCAAGGGCAAGUAUCUCACCGGCGCCGGCAUGGCUGGCUUCGCCAUGUGGGAGGCUGGCGGUGACUAUAAGAACAUCCUCAUCGACUCCAUCCGCUCUGCUGUUGGAUUGUAA